AACUUGGUGAACAUGCGCAACAGCAAGGCGUGUCUGUUAAAUUAGAAGAUGGGGCUGUUACCUCUACCAUUCAUUCAUAUACGUGAAGAUGGGUAGCAAUCGUCGUCAGUCUGCUCUGACCAAAUCUAUUCAGUCUGCGCUCUUUCGCGACUCCGAGACCUUCAAAAAGACAGUCACUGGACAGUUCUUGGCCUUCUUCAGUAUUUUCUACAUCCGGCUUCUUCGCUAUGGGAAGGAUGUAUUCUGGAAACUACGUCAUGAGGCGUGGGAGAUUGACGAGGAGGAGUACAAGGUCUCUUUUCAGACUCAGGGCAAAAAUUCGCCUUUGAAGCCCAUGGGAGACCUGGGUUAUUCUGGAUCGACAUUCUUUAGUACUUCCAACUCCAAAUUCCUCGUCAAAAGUCUUCCUCGGCACUUUGAACACUCAUUCUUUCGAGAAGACCUGCUCCGUCCCUACUGUGACCACAUGCGUAUAUAUCCCGACUCCCUGCUAGUCUGGAUCACAGACUACGUCUAUGCCCCGUACAAAACCAUCGGGGGCCUCCUGCGAUUCAUCCCCGCUCACCACAUCAUAAUGGAAAACUUGCUUUACGGGAAGGAUGAAGACCCCGCCGCCGAGCAAUGGGAAACUUUCGACCUGAAACCCGUGGAUUACUUCUAUCCCGAACGGGAUCUGGUACCGGAACCGCUGGUGAGCGAAGAGACAAUCCACCGUCUUGGCGACAGAUUCGAGGACAAGAUCCGACUCCGACGCGCGGAUUACGAGGACCUGAAGCGAACCUUGGAGAUUGAUACCAAGUUUCUCCAGUCGGCAAAUACAGUCGACUACUCUCUUUUCCUUGUCCGAUUCCCUGCAUCAUCUCAGCCUGAUGUCGUUGGGAGAAAGGAUCCGUGGCGUGUUGGGUUCUCUGCUGUCGAUGGACAAUGGAAAUACAGAUUGGUGCUGUUGGACUUCUUCUGGGCCAGGCACAAGUUUCAUGCGCAGGCUAUGACGGGAAUGGUCCAGACGUUUAACGUUAUCGGCCAUCAAGGACCCAUGACGAUCACAACGACGGCUAGGGAAUACCGACAGAAAUUCUUGGCUAUGGUUGAUGGGAUGAUAGAAACACACCCGUGA